AUGAACCCUCAAGAAUUGUCCAACUCCUUGUGGGCAUCAGCGCAUUUGAGGGAUCUGGCACUCAAAGAUGUGAAAGCAAUUGUUCCUAUGCUUGCGGCCCAGAUGCGUGGCAAGGUGGGCGGCAUGAACCCCCAAGAGUUGUCCAACUCAUUUUGGGCCUCGGCGAGGUUGAAGGAUGUAGUGCCUGAUGUGGCGCAAAUUGUUCCUGCGCUUUCUGUGCAGAUUCCAGGCAACGCUGGCGCAAUGAACACUCAAGAGUUGUCCAACUGCUUCUGGGCAGCAGGGAAAUUGAAGGAUGUUGCACUCGAUAGUGUCCGACAGAUCUUGCCAGCUCUCGUGGCCCGACUUCCAAAUGCAGUUCCUGAUAUGAUUCCUCAACACUUUGCCCAGUGCUUUUCGGCCGUGGAACUGUUGAAGGAUCUGGAGCCAGACGUGCUGAAGCUUUUGCCGGCGCUGCGGGCGGAAGUCGCUAAGAGGGGGCUUUCGGAGGCGAAGCUCUCAGGGUCUGGAACUGUCAAGUAG